AUGAAAGGUGGACAGGCAUUCCUGCUCCGUCAGCGUUUGGGACGCCUUUUCCACAAACACCUCAACACAAUGCGUGAAUGCAUCAGCAUACAUAUUGGUCAGGGUGGUUGUCAGAUUGGAAACGCCUGCUGGGAACUCUACUGUCUUGAGCACGGAAUCCAACCCGAUGGUCAGAUGCCAUGUGACAAGACCAUUGGAGGUGGUGAUGACUCAUAUGAGACGUUCUUUAGCGAGACCGGGGCAGGGAAACACGUCCCCCGAGCCCUCUUUGUCGACUUGGAACCCACUGUUGUGGAUGAAAUCCGCACGGGAACGUAUCGUCAACUCUUCCAUCCCGACGAACUCAUUACUGGCAAGGAAGAUGCUGCUAACAACUAUGCACGCGGUCAUUAUACCGUUGGCAAGGAGAUUGUCGAUUUAGUGCUGGAUCGUACUCGAAAACUGGCUGAUCAGUGCACUGGUCUUCAGGGCUUUUUCGUCUUCCAUUCAUUCGGAGGUGGGACCGGCUCUGGAUUCACAUCUCUUCUAAUGGAACGUCUUAGUGUGGACUACGGCAAGAAAUCGAAGCUUGAAUUUGCCAUUUACCCAGCUCCGCAAAUUUCUUCGACUGUAGUCGAACCAUACAAUGCGAUUCUGUGCACUCACACCACAAUUGAACACUCGGAUUGCGCAGCAAUGUUCGACAACGAAGCCAUAUAUGACGUCUGCAGACGCAAUCUAGACAUUGAACGUCCGACCUAUACCAACUUAAACAGACUCAUGGGUCAGAUCGUGAGCUCAAUGACGGCAUCCCUACGAUUCGAUGGAGCACUCAACGUGGACUUGACUGAAUUCCAGACAAACCUGGUGCCCUAUCCAAGAAUUCACUUCCCCCUGGUCACAUAUGCACCCACCAUAUCGGCUGAGAAGGCCUACCACGAACAGCUCAGCGUUGCUGAAAUCACCAACGCCUGCUUUGAACCAGCUAAUCAGAUGGUGAAGUGCGACCCACGCCACGGAAAGUACAUGUCCUGCUGUCUUCUCUUCCGUGGAGAUGUUGGCCCGAAGGAAGUCAAUGCAGCAAUCGCGUCCAUCAAGACCAAGAGAACCAUUCAGUUUGUCGAUUGGUGCCCCACUGGUUUUAAGGUUGGCAUCAACUACCAACCUCCCACUGUGGUUCCAGGCGGCGACCUAGCAAAGGUUCAGCGAGCACUUGCAAUGAUUUCCAAUACGACAGCAAUUUCUGAGGCCUGGGCUCGUCUGGAUCAUAAAUUUGAUCUGAUGUAUGCCAAGCGCUGCUUUGUCCACUGGUACGUCGGCGAAGGCAUGGAGGAGGGUGAGUUUUCUGAAGCUCGUGAAGACCUAGCAGCUCUGGAAAAAGACUACGAGGAGGUCGGACAAGACAGUGUGGAAGGUGAAGGCGAGGAAGAGGAAGAGUAUUGA